UGUUUUUGUUUAACCUUGCAGGCGACUCUCCUCCAGGCAAGAUGAAAGCAGUUCUACAGGGCCUGUUCUUCUGCCUGGUCACUACAGCCUUCUUCCUUUUCUAUCCCGCAGAGAAAAAAACUGAUCACCCAUUAUCCAGAGGAUGGGGUGCUGAUAUUGAGUGGGUUCAAUCGUAUGAAGAAGGACUAUUUCAAGCCAAGACCAGGGAGAAACCCCUCAUGGUGAUUCAUCACUUAAUGGACUGCCCCUACAGCAAGGCUCUGAAGGAGCUAUUUUCUCAGCAUGAAGAAAUCCAGAAAAUAGCCAAAGAGGAUUUUAUCAUGAUGAAUGUGAUGCAUGAGACAGCGGACAGCAAUCUGGCCCCAGACGGUUACUAUGUACCUCGGAUUAUCUUUGUCGAUCCGACUAUGACCGUUCGGACUGACCUCAUUGGAAACGUUGAGAAACUCAAAUACACCUACAGCCAUGAAGACCUUGAUAAACUGCUUGAAAACAUGAAGAAGGCAGUCUCAGAAAGGCUCAGGAUCGAACUCUAACAAAUCUCGGAGGAUGUGGAUGGCCAGGAAGUGACCAGGACUUCACAGAUGCAGACUGGGUGACAAUUCAGUGAACAUGAAUACCCCUUUAAAAGAAAACUCAACUGCCUGCUUCAUUGAGUCUGUCUAUGGAAUUGGUAUUUAUUGAAUAGCUCACUUGAGAUUUUUUCAUAACGUAAAAUGCUGAGCAGAUCAUGAAACACCUCAAUCCUGGGUCAGUUGUACAAUGUUGCAUGCUAUUACUGAGUACAGUCUUGACUAUGGGGAUGCAGUCUAUAGGUUUGCAUCACCCUUAACAUUAAGCAAACUGGAUGCUAUAUAUCAUGCAGCCUUGAGAUAUAUUAUGAAGUAAGGUACAGUGGUCAUCAUUGUGUGUUAUACAGUUUGGUUGGCUGGACUGCCUUGGCUUUGCGAAGGUUGAAGCGCUGGUACUGUAUAUUUUGUUAUAUAAAGCUAUUACUCCAUAUAUAAAUUAAUACUUUAUAGUCGGAUUUUGUAAUACAGUAUUAGAUCGCAUACAUUUUUUUAAUUUUACAGUUCCUAAAGUGCGUAGAGGUUGCUAAAAGAUUAUUUGCCUAUUUUGCUCCUUGGUCUUGGAAUGAUUUACAAUCUAAACUUAAAUUGCAGUCCUGAAUACCUUUAGCACAGUUUAAGAGUAAUCUGCACGAUUAUCUAGUUGAGAGUUGUGCAUGUUUUAAGUAGUUCAGUAGACUUGUUACUGUUUGUUACUAUUUGAUUGUUGACUGUUUCACUGAUUGUUGAUGGUAUUUUUGUAUUUGUGUUUUUGUGUUGCUUC